UCACUAUAAAUAUACACAUCAAUGUGCAUGCAUUACAACACAAAUAAAUCUUCAUAAACCCAAUAAUUUCCUCACAAGUCACUUAUCAAUAAUCAUUAAUUGCAUAGUAAAAAUGUCCUCCAAAAAAUAUUUCUCAAUGUUCUUCCAUGUAUUAGUAUUUGCAACUCUUGCAACUACAACAUUUUCAGCACUAACACCAAAUUACUAUGACUAUACUUGUCCCAACGCUUUGAGCACCAUUAAAAGCGUCGUGAAAGCUGCAGUUCAAAAGGAAAAUCGCAUGGGUGCUUCUUUACUACGCUUGCACUUUCAUGAUUGCUUUGUUAAUGGUUGCGACGGUUCGAUUCUUUUAGACUCUACGUCUUCCAUGGAAAGUGAAAAAAAUGCAAAUCCAAAUAUCAAUUCAGCUAGAGGAUUUGAAGUAAUAGAUAAGAUCAAACAAGCUGUGGAUGAAGCAUGUGGAAAAUCGGUUGUUUCUUGUGCAGAUAUAUUGACUAUCGCUGUGAGAGACUCCGUCGUCGCGUUAGGAGGACCAUCAUGGAAAGUGAAACUAGGAAGAAGAGAUUCAAGGACAGCGAGUCGAGCCGAUGCAGACAAAGACAUCCCCGGACCAUCUUUCAGUCAUGCUCAACUCCUCAAAAACUUCGAAAACCAUGGCCUAAAUGAAAAAGACCUAGUUGCUCUUUCUGGAGCACACACUAUUGGAUUUUCACGUUGCCUUUUAUUUAGGGAUCGAAUCUACAAUGACAACAACAUCGAUUCUAGCUUUGCAAAAGAGCUUCAAAAUAUUUGUCCGAGAAACGGAGGAGACUCUAACCUUACGCCUUUGGAUAGGGUUACACGGGCGAAAUUCGAUGUGCUUUAUUUCGCGGAUUUGAUUGAAAAGAAAGGUGUUCUUCAUUCUGAUCAGGAAUUGUUGAAUGGUGGUUAUAGUGGUGCGUUGGUGAGAAAAUAUAGUUAUGAUACUAGGGCUUUCUAUAAGGAUUUUGCUAAAUCUAUGAUUAAGAUGGGAAAUAUUAAGCCACUUGUUGGAAAUCAAGGUGAAGUUCGUUACAACUGCAGGAAAGCCAAUUAAGUUAUUAAGAAACAAGGAAGAAAGCACAUUAAAUUUAUUUAUUUUGUUAUAGGUUAAAGAAAAGAGCACUUGAAUAUUGUUGUGCACAAGUGUGACAUAGUUCGUGGUAAUAAAACAAUGUAAUAAUGUGUAUUACAUGCAUUCACUUCAUUUAUGUUUAAUGUUGUUUUGAUUCAUGGAUUGAUUUUUAUUAAUCUCAUAAGGUUAUUUAUUCUCUCCUUGACUU